AUGGCCGGUCCCCCGUGGCGAGCAUUCCUCAUCGGCUCGGCGGCCGUCACCGUCUUGGUGGCACUGCGCCAGCCCGUCUUCUCGAGAUGCAACCUCCUCUGCACCUUCGUCGGCCUCUUCGCCUUUCAAAUCUUCUCGUGGACCGUCUUCGUCGUCCUCUUGUUCCCCCAGUACUUCUCUAGCCUCCGCUCGCUCCCGGGGCCCAAGGACGACCACUGGUUGAUGGGGCAGGGCCUGAGGAUCAUACGCGAGCCGACCGGCGUGCCCAUGAUUGACUGGGUCAACAACAUUCCCCACGAGGGCGUCAUCCGCUACCGCGGUCUGUUCAACCAGGAGCGCCUCCUGAUCACGUCGCCCAAGGCCCUCGCCGAGGUGCUCGUCACGCGCAACUACGACUUCCGCAAGCCCGGCGCCGUCCGGUCCUCCAUCGGCCGCAUCCUCGGCAUCGGCGUGCUGCUGGCCGAGGGCGACGAGCACAAGGUCCAGCGCAAGAACCUCAUGCCCGCCUUCGCGUUCCGCCACGUCAAGGACCUGUACCCCCUCUUCUGGAGCAAGGCCUGCGAGGGCGUCGAGGCCAUCACCGAGGCCGUCCACGCCGAGGCCGCCAACGGCCCGCCCGAGGGGCUCUCCGACCCCGAAAAGGCCGCCCUGGGCCCCGACACCGCCGUCCUGGAGAUCGGCAGCUGGGCCUCGCGCACCACGCUCGACAUCAUCGGCAUGGCCGGCAUGGGCCGCGACUUCGGCGCCAUCCGCGACCCGUCCAACCCCCUGGCCCAGACGUACAAGCAGGUGUUCAAGCCGAGCCGCCAGGCCCGGCUGCUCACCCUGCUGGGCAUGCUCCUCCCCGGCCCCCUCGUCCACCACCUGCCCUUCCAGCGCAACGGCGACAUCGCCAAGGCCGCCGGCACCAUCCGCACCACCUGCCGCGAGCUCAUCCGCGAGAAGCAGGAGAAGCGGAACCGCAAGGAGCUCACCGACGUCGACAUCCUCUCCGUCGCCCUCGAGUCGGGCUACUUCACCGAGGAGAACCUCGUCGACCAGAUGAUGACCUUCCUCGCCGCCGGCCACGAGACCACGGCCGCCGCCAUGAUGUGGGCCGUCUACUGCCUCUGCCUGCACCCGGACGUCCAGGCCAGGCUCCGCCGCGAGGUCCGCGAGCGCCUCCCCGCCCCCGGCACCCCCGGCGACAUCACCGCCCUCGACAUCGACCACAUGCCCUACCUCAACGCCGUCUGCAACGAGGUCCUCCGCUACUACUCCCCGGUGCCCAUGACCCUGCGCGAGGCCGUCGUCGACACCGUCAUCGACGGCCACAAGGUGCCCAAGGGCACCCGCAUCAUGCUCUGCCCGUGGGCGAUCAACAAGGACACCUCCCUGUGGGGAAGCGACGCCGGCCGCUUCGACCCGGAGCGCUGGCUGAGGAAGCGCUCGGCCGCCAGCGGCGGCGCCACGAGCAACUACGCCUUCAUGACGUUCCUGCACGGCCCGCGCAGCUGCAUCGGCCAGGGCUUCGCAAAGGCCGAGUUCGCCUGCAUCCUGGCCUCCUGGAUCGGCCGCUUCGAGUUCAGCCUGCGCCACAAGGAGGAGUACGACGAGAAGAACCUGGCCAUCAAGGGCGGCGUCACGGCCCGCCCGUCAAAGGGGCUGGACGUGUACGUCAAAGUCGUCGACGGGUGGUGA